AAAACGUCGAGAGGGUUGAACAUGAUUCCCAGAUGUACCUCUAGAUUGCACGCCUUCUGAGCACCUCUUGAGCAUCCGAAUCUGAAGAGUCAACAUGCCUACUAUCACCGUUGAUAAAGCGGAGCUGUAUCGUCGCCUAGGCAAGGAAUACACGACGCAUGAAUUCGACGAGUUAUGCUUUGAUUUUGGUGUUGAGCUAGAUGAGGAUACUACCGAAGAUGUCGAAGCUGCACGGAAAAAGGGUCUACCGACUCCUCCACCUCAGCUCAAGAUUGAGAUUCCAGCGAAUAGAUACGAUUUGCUUUGCCUUGAAGGCAUCGCUCGAGCGCUUCGUGUCUUCUUGCAAAAGCAGGAGCCCCCAACUUACACUUUGUCUGUCCCGGCUGAAAUGCAAGAAGUCUAUGUGGAGUCGUCGACCAGCCCGCUUCGGCCGUACCUCGGUGCCUGUGUCCUUCGUCUAGCAAGACCGAUGAACACUUUGGAAUAUGAAUCCUUUAUUGACCUACAAGACAAGCUACAUCAGAAUUUGUGCCGAAUGAGAAAGUUUGUCGCUAUUGGUACGCACGAUCUGGAUACGAUCCAGGGACCUUUCAAAUACCUCCACAAGGACCCUAAACUUAUCAAAUUCGCACCGUUGGGCAAGGACAAGGAGAGCACAGCAGAAGAGCUUAUGACGAUCUACGAGGGAGAAAGACACUUGAGCAAGUUCCUGCCCAUCAUCCGAGAUUCCCCAGUCUAUCCCAUAAUCUAUGACAGCAAAGAUCGGGUUCUCUCCAUGCCUCCCAUCAUCAACUCUGAGCACUCCAAAAUCGUCGCUGGAAAGACGACUAACAUCUUCAUCGAGUCAACAGCCACGGAUAAGACGAAGUUGGACAUUGUCAUCAACAUGAUGGCGACCAUGUUCGCCGAAUACUGUGCCGUUCCAUUCUCCAUUGAGCCCGUCAAGGUGCACAUGCCAGACGGCUCCUCACACAUAUUUCCACCCAUCGCUCCUCGUUCCACCCAGGCUUCUUCAUCCUAUAUCAACGCAGCUACUGGUCUGAGUCUAUCUCGUGACGAGCAAUGUACCCUCCUCACCCGGAUGACUCUGGCUGCCAAGCCUUCAACGGGUGACUCCGACGCCCUCGAGAUCGAAGUCCCUUGCACUCGACCUGACAUUCUCCACGAAUGUGAUGUUAUGGAAGAUGCUGCCAUUGCAUACGGUUUCAACAAUCUCACACGGCGAGUUCCGGGUGUCAACACCAUCGCCAAGCCUUUUGCGAUCAACAAACUUGGGGAUAUCCUGCGGAAGGAAUGUGCGAUGGCUGGAUGGACUGAGGCGCUACCGCUGAUUCUGUGCUCACAUGACGAGAACUUUGCCUGGUUGAAUCGCAAAGACCCAGGCCACUAUGCCGUCUCGUUGGCAAACCCGAAAUCUCUCGAAUACCAGAUAGUCAGGACGUCUCUACUCCCAGGAAUGCUCAAGACUAUACGCGAGAACAAGUCACUGCCUCUCCCUUUGAAAAUCUUUGAAUGCUCAGACAUCUCUGUGCAGGACCGCGAGGCUGAAAGACAGACGAGGAAUUACCGACGCUUAUGCGCAGUGUACAUGGACAAGAAAGGAGGUUUCGAAGUGACUCAGGGCUUGUUGGACCGCGUCAUGCAGAUUCUUGGAGUCCCCUUCAUCCAGAGCGAAGAGAGUCAGGCAACGUACGGCUACUACAUCGCCAAGGCGGACGAUCCCACGUAUCUUCCAGGUCGAGGCGCCAAGAUUGUUUAUCGACCCAAACAGACUCCAGAACAUCAAGCGACUCCAAAACCCCAAUCAGCCCUUGAGACGCUGGCAUCAAAUCUCAAAGCCGCUCUGCCUCUCUUGAAAGAUGGCUCGAGAGAUAUCGUCAUUGGCUCUAUUGGCAUCUUGCACCCGACUGUCCUGCAAAACUUUGAGCUAGUCCGACCAUGCUCAGCAAUGGAGAUCGACGUUGAGCCUUUCCUAUAGACGCUCGGCGUGAGGCGAGAUGUGAUUAAAUGGCGGAUUUCCACAUCAUGGCAUGCAUGGGGAUAUGCGAUCUCACCUUCCGGUACCUCGACGACGAGGUGAUAGCUGUUGUAGUCUCGGCAGUUCCAAGAGGGUAGUGGGCGAGCCGCCACUCACUGCUUGAUGCUGGAUGACGAAAUCAACCUCGACUCGGGCUGACGGGGUCUAUUAGAAGAGUGAAAGGACGGCGUGAGGAGCGAAGACCUCGCGCCAGCUUGCCACGCGUAUCAGCACCGCUGUUCGAAAACAGUCUAUAUCCCUUCAUCAUCUUCUGUAAAAGGAGGAAGAUUCGCGGCUC